AGGCGCAGUAGUGGACAGUUGGUAGUGAUAACCAUUGGGGAUCAUAGUUCAGUUCACUUCAGUUGUUUCAGCCAUGCCUUCUGCGCCUUCUUCCAAGCUUUACGCAGACGAUGUUACCCUUUUGAUGGUUCUCCUCGAUACUAAUCCUCUUUUCUGGAGCUCCUCUUCUGUUUCUUUCUCUUCCUUUCUUUCUCAUGUACUUUCGUUUCUGAAUUCAGUUCUUCUCUUGAAUCAACUUAACCAAGUCGUCGUUAUUGCUACUGGAUACAAUUACUGCGAUUACGUAUUCGAUUCCUCCCUGGCUACCAACCAGGGCUCCGAAAAUGGAAGAAUGCCUGCGCUUUGCACAAACUUGUUGCAUAAACUUGAGGAAUUUGCUAUUAAAGACGAGAAUUUGCAUAAGGAUGGCUCUGAGAAAGGGCUUGCCUCUUCGCUGCUAUCCGGGUCAUUGUCUAUGGCUCUUUGUUAUAUACAGAAGGUUUUUCGAUCAGGACCACUCCAUCCACAGCCCCGGAUUUUAUGCUUGCAUGGAUCCUCGGAUGGACCUGAACAGUAUGUUGCAAUCAUGAAUUCAAUUUUUUCUGCACAACGUUCUAUGGUUCCGGUUGAUUCUUGCUAUAUAGGUUCUAAUAAUUCUGCCUUCCUGCAGCAGGCAUCUUACAUAACUGGUGGUGUAUAUUUGAAGCCACAACAACUUGAUGGCCUAUUUCAAUAUCUUUCGACAGUUUUUGCAACUGAUUUGCACUCUCGUACCUUUCUACAACUUCCUAAGUCUGUUGGUGUGGAUUUUCGAGCUUCGUGUUUUUGCCAUAAAAAGACCAUAGACAUGGGCUACAUAUGCUCUGUUUGCUUGUCUAUAUUCUGUAAGCAUCACAAGAAAUGUUCAACCUGUGGUAUUUGGUCAGGUCCAAUCUGACAAUGGGUCUGCAUCUAAUUCUAACCUGAAGAGAAAGACUACAUAAACAUGAUUUUGCUUUUCUUUGAAGCACAUCUGGUAGUUUGGUUUCUUAUCAUUUUUUCAAUUUUACUUCCAAAAUGAAACAAAUGAUCCGUACAUCUUACAUGACUUCAUUUGCGGGUGACAAACUCAGAAGACUUCUCACAAGUCACAAGUCACAAGUCACCACAGCUCAACUUCUGGGACAGGAGAAAGAACUUGAUCGGAUUGAGAGUUCUCCAAGAUAGGUUGGCUUGUGUUUCUUUCAAAUAAAACCCUUUAAACUAAUGUUUGAAUUACAUAGCCGAGAACAUAUGAAUAUAUCUAAGAGCUUUUGUUGAAUUGAUUCCCUCAA